AUGGUCUGCGGAGCCAUAGCUCUCCCACGAGACAGAAACUUCUUCCUGGGCUUAAUCAAGCAGGCGAAUACGCUGUCACACCUCAAUCAAACGCACGCCCAAAUCAUCCAUAACAACCUCGUCAACGACACCCAAACCAUCACAAAGCUCAUCCAGAAGCUCCUGCACCUCAGAGCCAACGAUCACGCCAAGCUCCUAUUUUCCGGCAUCAACUCACCCGAUCUCUUUCUCUACAAUGUGCUCAUCAAAGGCUUUAAAAGCAACCCGUUCGAUUCUUUGUCUGUUUACAAGGAUCUACUCCGGAAAACGAUUUUCAGACCGGAUAAUUUCACAUACUCAUUUCUUUUCUCUGCCUUUUCGGGUUAUCCGACUCCCUUAUCUGAGAAAAUCGGGAUUUUGCUUCAUGGGCACUCUGUGGUUUCCGGUUUCGGGUCGGAUUUGUUUGUGGGCUCGGCUUUAGUUGACAUGUACAUGAGUUUUUCAAUGAUUGGUAAUGCGUUCAAGGUGUUUGAUGGAAUACCCGUGCCAGAUACUGUUGUUUGGAACACGAUCCUGUCUGGGCUGGCGAAAAAUUGCUGCUACCACGAGUCACUUAAGUUUUUCCGUGAUAUGGUCGGGAGGACGACACAGUUCGACUCGACUACAUUGGCUGUGGUGCUUUCAGCUGUAGCCGAGUUGCAGGAGAUUAAAAACGGGAUGAUUGUCCAGGCUUUGGCUGUGAAGGUCGGUUGUCAUUGUCGCGUCCAUGUGCUCACUUGUUUGGUCUGUCUGUAUUCAAAAUGUGGAGAUAUUUCUACUGCUUGGAUGUUGUUUGGUUUGAUUAGGAACCCGGAUUUGGUCGCGUAUAAUGCAAUGAUUUCUGGGUUUUCUGCUAAUAAUGAAUCUGGGAUGGCCCUCGAACUAUUUCAAGAAUUACUUUGGUCAGGAUGCAAAUUAAGCUCAAGCACAAUGGUCGGUUUAAUCCCUGUGUUUUAUCCGUUUGGUCAUUUGGAUUUUACUCAGUCAAUCCAUAGCUUUUGUUUGAAAUCUGGGUUUCUUCUUAAUUCCUCUGUUUCAACUGCAUUGACGACCGUUUAUAGUCGGCUUAAUGAGCUAGACCUUGCUAGAGACAUAUUUGACGAGUCAUCAGAAAAGACUUUGGCAUCAUGGAACGCCAUGAUAUCUGGUUACACUCAGAAUGGCCAGACGGCAAUGGCACUUUCUCUUUUUCACAAAAUGCAGAAGCUCGAUAUUCAGCCAAAUCCCGUCACAAUCACGAGUAUCUUGUCAGCAUGUGCCCAGUUUGGUGCCUUAGGUUUGGGAAAAUGGGUUCACGACUUAAUUAAAAAUGAGAGCUAUGAACCAAAUAUCUACGUGUCAACUGCUUUAAUCGACAUGUACAUGAAAUGUGGCAGCAUAAACGAGGCCGAAUGUGUAUUUCACAUUAUGGAGGAAAAGAACAUCGUGACUUGGAAUGCCAUGAUUUCUGGGUACGGCCUUCAUGGCUAUGGGCGUGAAGCACUAAAGCUAUAUGAUGAGAUGCUGCUUUCUGGGGUUAAUCCAACUAGAGUUACUUUUCUCUCAAUUCUAUAUGCUUGCAGCCAUGCUGGCAUGGUGGCAGAAGGUCAAAGAAUUUUCAAUACUAUGGUUUACGAUCAUGGGUUCGAGCCCAGCUCAGAGCACUACACGUGCAUGGUGGACAUUCUUGGCCGGGCCGGAAAAUUAGAAGAUGCUCUAAAAUUUAUAAACGAGAUGCCCAUAAAACCGGGCCCCGCUGAGUGGGGCGCAUUGUUGGGUGCUUGCAUGACUCACAAAAACGCCAGCUUGGCACAGCUGGCAUCUGAUCGGUUGUUCAAACUCGAUCCUGAAAACGUUGGCUAUCGUGUUCUGCUUUCAAAUAUAUAUUCAACGAACCAAAAUUAUUCUCACGCAGCUUUACUUCGACAAGUGGUGAAGAAGAAGAAUCUGGGCAAGACUCCUGGCUGCACUCUCAUCGAGAUCAAUGGGCUCCAACACGUCUUUACAUCGGGUGACAAAUCCCAUCCCGAUUCGGUAGCUAUUUACAAUAUGCUUGAGAAAUUAAUGGGGAAGAUGAAAGAUGCCGGUUAUCUUGCGGAGACUGUCACGUCGCUGCAUGAUGUGGAGGAAGAAGAGAAGGAGCUGACGGUGAGUGUUCAUAGCGAGAAAUUGGCUAUUGCUUUCGGCAUUAUGAUGUCCGAAGAAGGUGAGGAGAUAAGGAUCAUCAAGAACCUGAGAGUGUGUUUAGACUGCCACAAUUUCACCAAAUUCAUGUCUAGGAUUACCGAGAGGACUAUAAUCGUCAGGGAUGCUAAUAGGUUUCAUCAUUUUGAAAAUGGUGUGUGUUCUUGUGGAGACUAUUGGUAG